GCGAAACAAAUUACAUAUUAACGAGUUGCAUCAAGUUGCGUCAUAUUAGCGUGUAUAACGGUCUUAAUUUGUUGACACGACGAGUUGAGCUUAAAGGUAUUCUGAAGGGUGUAAAAUAAAUAACUUGUCUGAAUUUUUUGGUGGUGUAAUUUAGAUUUAUGAUUAAAAGAUUUUGUUGUUGAGCAUGCAUAUCAUAAAGUAUAAAUUAUAAUAAAGAGUAAAAAGACAAUAAUGAUAAUUAAUAAUGCAUAGAUAAUAAUAUAAUAUUAUAUAUAAUAUAAUAUAUUAUAAUGUCAAAUAUUCAUAAUCAUUGAUUUAAAUUUAAGAUUAUUAAUAAUGAAAUUAUUACAAUUAUUUAUAGUUUAAAUUUAAACAGUAGACAGUAGAUUAGUAGAACAUCGAUUUUCUUAACUCAGAUUAUAUCUGAAAAGCUGAUUAUCGCAGUUGUCAGUUGUAUUUGAUUAUUAAAAUUUAAAUUUAAAUUAUUAUUUAUUAUUAUUUUCAUUAAUUUUUAAUGUGCUGUGUACCAAUACCUGGGCCUGGACCUGAAUACAACUCUGACUUUAACAGCUGUCAUACAAUACAAUUUUUAAUGAAUAUAUAUUGCAGAAUACACGCCCAACGCCUACAAAGACAAUUAUAAUUAGAAUUUAUAAGCAUCAGAGUCCAGACAUCUAUUUUUUGCAACAACCACUUUUGCCACAGUGCCAGUCCUCAACAGUUUUUGACACCACUAUCAGCUGAUUCUGAAACACAGAUAUACAUUACAAUUUACUGUACAAUAAUAUAAAAACUCUACAAGAGAAUUGUGAUAUUGUUAAUUUACCUUAUUUUACAUACAUUUUUCUUUAUUUUUACAAUGAGAAAAAGGCAUUCUACAUCUCACCGUAAAAAGCUUUACACCCUUCUUUAGAAAUUUUGUUAGUUUUUAAAAAGCAUGCUUAUCUCUUUUCAAGUGGAUUAUAAUUAUGAUUUUUUUUUUUUUUUAAACACAGAGAUUCACCCAUACUAAGAAGGGGAAAAAAUAUACAGUAUGUCAGAAGGUAAAAAAGUUGUGCUAGCCUACAGUGGAGGUCUGGAUACAUCUACCAUUUUAGUGUGGCUCAUUGAACAGGGCUAUCAAGUCGUUGCUUAUCUGGUAGGUGUUCGAAAUUGAAACAUUUAUUUAUGUAGUUAUUGUCAUUAAUUCUAGUAUUGCCACACCUUAGGAAAUCUUGUAUUAUGUCAUUUUCAAACUCUUACACAUUAAAUGGUACAACUUCAGGUCAUAUACUUUAUUGCAUAAUUUAUUGCAUAAUUGAAAACUUUGUUUUCCAUAAUUUGUAAGUAGUUGAUAAGCUAAAAGGAAGACCAUGAUAUUCUGUUGAUACUGACUAGCUGGUAGUUGAUUUCAUUAUUUCUGAUCUAGUCAUUUGAUGAUGUCAUCAAUCAUAGAUGUCACUGUAAUUACAGACAUUCAGGGUGAAAUUAAGUUUUUCUCCAUUGUCAUAUUCUUACCAUACUUUCUCCUAGUUAAGCCACAUGAUUAUCAUAUAUAUCCAUUGUCUUGAAGGUUUGUUGUAUGUAUCCUAGUUAACCUGUUGUCUCGAGAACUUGUAUUCUAGUAAAUUCACAAAGUUAAAGCCUUGUUUCCUAGCAUGGGCGCCCGCAGAAAACUUUCCAGUGGGGGGCAAAAAAUCGAUUAACUUUCCAGGGGGGGGGCAAAAUUUUUUUAAUAAUGUUUUAAUAUAGUUUUAAUUUACUGUAGCGUAUUUGUAUGGUGAACGAACGGACAGGACAUCAGCUUAGUUACUUUCUCUUUAUUUUCACUUUACUUUAAUAAAAUUUUUGUCUAAAAAUUUUUUAUCCUAUCAAUCCAGGGGGAGCAAGUGCCCCACCUUGCCACUACCUGCGGGCGCCCAUGUUUCCUAGUUAAUCCACCAUCCUGAAGACACCCUUUAUCCUAAUAAUCAUAACCCACUGUGUUGAAAAAUAAUAUCCUUAAUCCACUGUCUUGAAGAUUUGUAUCAGAGUUAAUCUCCUGCAUUGUAGACAAAUUGUAUUGUUUAUUAACUGUCUUAAAUGCAUGUAGUAUCAUAGUGAAUUCACCAUCUUAAAGACAUAAUGCCUUCUAGUUACGAUUUCCAGGUUAAUUCACUAAAAUCUUAAGAUAUAAUUAAUACUAUUAUUUAUCUGAUGUGGGCAUCACCAUACAAAAGUUAUUGGACAUAAAGAACCUCUUUGAGUGCAUUUGUUCAAAAAAUAGAAAAUGAAUCCCUAGAUAUAUAUAUCUAUUACUAUCCACUUGUUUUCUUCAGGCCAACAUCGGCCAAGAUGAAGACUUUGAUGCUGUCAGAGAGAAAGCUCUAAAGUUUGGGGCUCUCAAGGUAAGGAUACUUUGUUUUGCUGCCAUUUGCUAACCCUAACAAGGAAUGUUUGCUUUUGAAAAAAUAUGUGUGCUUAACUUAAUUAAUUUUCAAUGUAUUUUAUAGUUUUGUUAUAUUUUCACAUUAUGUGCAUGUCAUUGUCAGUUCUUAAUCACUUCAUAUUCUUAUCAUAUUCACUUUAUGUUCACCUUAAAUUCAUAUCAUAUGCAUGUAAUUGUCAGUUCUUAUUUGCGUCAUAUUCACGGAUUUCUUUAAGGUGUUACAUUUACUUUAUUUUUUAAAUAUACUUCCAUAGUUAAGUGAUCUCAAUAGGUGGCUUUGAGUGAAGUUACUUAGUAAAGUAGACCCAGGUUCAGUAUAGGUCCCAUGCUAGUCUGUCUUAUGUCCGAUGCUCCUCUCUCUUAUUACCCAUGCUCCUAUGUCUUAUGUCCCACACCGCUCCGUCUUAUGUCCCAUGCUAGUCUUUCUUAUGACCCAUGCUCCUCUGUCUUUAUCUCAUGCUCAUCUGUCUUAUGUCCCAAGCUCAUCUGUCCUGUGUCCCAUGCUUGACUGUGUUAUGUCGGAUUGUCCAAUGCUCUUUGUUAAUGAUUUGUUCAAUGAGUGCGUGUUUUGGUUUGUGUUAUGUAUACUUGAUUUGUUAGUGAGCAGUGAAGAUUUAUUGUUUAGUUUUUGCUUUGUGGUUUGUAUUGUUGAUGUUUUUGGGAAUGAGAGAUGGCCAUGUUCUUUGUUAUUGUUUGUUGGUUAUUAUGAAGAGAGCGAGAGAGGGCAUAUUGGGAGCAGUGGUGAAUAAAGAAUUAAAUGAAAUAAUUAAUCUUGGUGUUGUUGCUAUUUGUGUGAUGAGAGUUACCCCUAGACCAGGCCUGCACAACAUACGGCCCGCCAGCAACAACUUGGCUGCCCGCAAAGUAAUGAAACAUUAUUUAUUAUUAUUAUUUUCUUAAAAGCUUUCCCCCGUCCGAUUUUCUGUCGACCUGCAAAAGUUUUUCAUCCUGAAUUAUGGCCCACCUUACAUUUUGAGUUGUGCAGGCCUGCCCUCGACAAAACGAAGCCUUUGUACUUCUAAUGCAAGUAGUAGUUUGUACCACUCUGCAGUCCCAAGGUCUUUUUUCCAAUGAUCUUCUGCCUUAAUGAUUUUCUAUCCCAAUGUCUUUGGUUCCCAAAGAUAUUCUACCUUAAUGAUCUUCUGAACAAUUAUCUUCUGUCCCAAUGUCUUUGGUCCCAAUAAUCUUCUAUCUCAAUGAUCUUCUGCCCCAGUGAUAUUCUCCCUAAAUGAUAUUCUGUCUUAAUGAUCUUCUGUCACAAUAUACUUAUCUGAUGAUAUCUUAUAUCCAUUGAUCUUCUAUCCCAUGUCUUCUGUCACAAUGAUCUUCUGUCUCAAUGAUACUUUACCUUAAUGAUCUUUUAUCCCAAUGAUAUUCUACUUUAAUGAUCUUCUGUCCCAAUGUCUUCUGCCCCAAUGCCUUAUGUCCAAAUUAUGUUCUACCUUAAUGAUCUUCUGUCCUAAUGCUCGUCUAUCCCAAUAAUAUUCUACCUUAAUGCUCUUCUGUCUAAAUGAUCUUCUGUCUUAAUGAUCCUCUGUCUAAAUGAUCUUCUGUCUUAAUGAUCUUCUGUCACAAUGAUCAUAUAUCUGAUGAUCUUAUAUCCACUGAUCUUCUAUCCAAUAUGUUCUGUCUCAAUUAUCUCCUGUUCCAAUGAUCUUCUGUCUCAAGGUCUUCUGUCCCGUAUAUUCUGACCUAUAUCCCAUUUCUUGAAAAAUAAAUGUUGCAAUGAUGGUAUCUGAUCAGAGACUAAUAAUACAAGUAAAUUGACUGCAAAAACGUGUAACAAACUUGAACUAAUAACAAUACAAACUAACUGUGCUGAUAAGGAUACUUGUAAAAAAAAUGGACUUUGAGGCUAUCACCUGACUUCACCCUCAUUAUCACUAUAAUCUAUGAAUGAGUUUCCCAUGUUUAAGUGGCAGUAACAAAUUCAUGUAUGUAUCUGCAAUGAGCUGUGUAAUCAAUUGCUGUUUGUGUGUCGUGACCUCGGCUUGAGUGCUAUUAAUAGCGCUGUCAGUUUUUUCUGGGGUCAAUAGAUCCUGUGUUGUCGUGGCUCUGUUGUUGGCGAAAAUAGAUUGUGUUUAAGGUGGAUUCUGUUGAUGGCACAUCGCUGAUUAACUGGUUGAUGGUCAAAGGCUCAGUAAAUGCCUGGUUGAUUUCCUAUGACUCUGUUGGUGACUCAGGCUCAUCCAUCCAUCCCUUUGGUCCUACAGCCCAUGUAUGUGUUUGGCCUGCCUCACACUUCCUUCCACUCAUACCUAAAUAAAGCUUUUCUUUUCCAUGCUUGGAUUCUCAGCUGCUGCAGAUCCUUUUCCACAUCAUCCAGCCAUCUAAGCCUAGGUCUGCCUUUGAGCCGUUUUGCUCUGGGGUUUUGGUGGUGCACCCUCUUCACUCAUCUGUUAUGUGGCAUUCUUUCUAAGAGUCCUGCCUGGCGUAGCCUGCCCUUUUUUUUUUAUUUCUGCUACCAGAGAGGGAUCCUGAUAUAGACUAUACAAUUCUUGGCUGUUUCGUAUUCUCCAUCCAUAUUCAUCCUUUGUUGGUCCGCACAUUUUACUGAUAACUUUUCUCUCCCAUGUGUUUAAUAGAUUUUCUGCCAUUUUUGUUAGGGUCCAAGCUUCACUUGUGUGACUUACAGCUCACACGAUCUAUUAUCGCUGAGUUAAUGACACAUUUUAUGAAAUAUUUACUUUGUCCAGUGAACCAUGAAAACAUGUAAUCUGUUGUGCACCUCAAGGUCCGUAAACCAGCCUUGAAGCAUUAUGUCACACAUCAACUAAAGUUCAACCUUUUUUACAUACAUAAAGCUGAAAGAAAAAUAAUCAUUGGUCUCCGCAGCCAUACAUUCCUGCAUGUCAUAGCCAUAUAUUCCUGCAGGUCGUAAAAAACUAUAUAUUUGACAAUUCAUUUUUAUUGCUCAAAUUCAUCAAAUGAAAACUAACAUCCUGCACUAUUGAUUGAUUGAAAGGAAUCACUGUAAACAGUGUAACAUCCUACACUAUUGAUUAAAAGGAAUCACUGUAAACAGUGUAACAUCCUACACUAUUGAUUGAUUCAAUGGGUGGCCGCCCAAAUCCUUGUCAAUGAUUAAAAAGACGCGGCCCUGAGAAAGCCGCCCCUAGGCGACAGUUUUGUCCCCGCUACUCCCGACCGGACAGCUCCCUGGGCGGUGGGGAGUGGUAACGCAACACCACCUCUCCGGAGAGGAAGUAAAGCCGUCCUGACCCAUAGGAGAGUGGACUACAGACGCUUUAAACGCAGCACCCUCGGUCCGCCGGACGUCCCUCAGGCCAGGAGGGAAGUUCCUGGCGCGCUUCCGCACGGUCUGGGGCUUCGGCCCUGGCCCGUUUGGGGGAGUGCCGGAGGUGGGGGGGGGGUAUUAUGAUUGCAAACUCGACGACCCACCAACACCAUCUCCAAAGUGAUGUUACUGGUAAGCCAAAGUAUUGAACAGUUAACUGGUAUGCCAAAGUCUAGCUAGUUCACAUACUUGUAUGAGGCAGACGUUUAAAAAAAAUUCUAUUAUUUGAAUCUGAUUGAUAGUCAUUUAUCUGACGGAAUAGUAUGAAACGUUUCACAAGCAGACAUAAUGAUAUUUGGAAACAUGCAUGUCUAAAAGUAGGGUCCGCACGAUAAGAUAUUUUCAGGGGUGGGGUGGGGUGAGGGUGUGUGACCGGAGUAUCGGAUCAGUUUGAUGCCCUGUGAGCCCCUGUCGUGCUGCCCUGUGAUAUGUCCUGGAAAUCAUCAUAUUUCAUGACCUGUAACUUGAAACUGACCACUAGCCUAUAUCUCUGCUUGUUACAGAGUAAGCUGGUUGAAUUCUGUCAUGGACCUACUUAACAAUUCCUCUUUCAGAUGGUCAUCCUUGACCUCCGUAAAGAGUUUGUGGAGGAGUUUAUUUGGCCAGCUGUUCAAGCCAACGCCACUUAUGAGGACAGGUAUCUACUUGGAACCUCCCUGGCCAGGCCCCUCAUUGCCAGGUAGGUAGGUAGCAGGGGUUGGGCCAUCUGAACUCUUCCCUUGUUACGUUGAAGUUUGUUGUCACUGAGCUGGCGGCUGCUAGCGCUAUCAUUUAAAAUAAAGCCCACCUGGCACGGUAGUUUUCACUGACAUGUUUAGUCCCAUGGUGUUUUGAGUUUUUAAAUGAAUAAAUGUAGUGGCUAUGAAACUGAAAGAAUAAACAUGAAGUUCUUUCCUGAUCAGUGUCAGAUAAGACCGGGGGGAUGUUUAUAUGAGAAUUUUGGGAUACAGUCAGCUGUGGGCUGUCAAUCAAACAACAACUGGGUUUGGUUCUUGAUGAUUACACACACAAAAAAACCAUCAAUGAAUACAUGAUGUGCUGUAUUGUUUUUAUUAUUUUCACCUUUUUAUUAUAUUCACAUUUUCGACAAUGGUUCAGUAUUAAAGACAAAAUUUAAAAAUUAUUUCACCUGAGCCGGACGGUACCCACUCCAGCACAUUGCUGGGCACAGCUCUAACAAGGUCCUGAUAAUUUUUUAAGAUUUAAUGGUAAUAUUGCAGUAUAAUACUAAAACUAUAAUGUUGAUAUCCUGAUGUGGACAUAAUGUCCUUACGCUAAAUCAAUGGCAUGAUUUUAAAUUGAUCUCUUGGUGUUAAAUUUAUGUCUUGAUGCUGACAAGAUGUACAUAUUUUAAAUUAAAUGUCCUGAUUUGAAAUGAUGUCUUAGUGUUAAUUUGAUGUUAACAUGGUGCAUUGAUGAUGACAUGAUGUAUUGAAUUCACCUACAACACCAGUCUAAACAUUUAUUCCAAUACGUUUAAUUCACAUACAACAUUAAUUUCCUUUCCACUUUUCUUUACUUUGUUUCUGCCUGUUUUUUUGUCCUUAUGUUAACUUGAUGUCCUGGUGUUUGCAUGAUAUCCUAAUGUUAAAUUGGUGUCCUGAUGUUUGCAUGAUAUCCUAAUGUUAAAUAUGUGUCCUGAUGUUUGCAUGAUAUCCUAAUGUUAAAUUGGUGUCCUGAUGUUUGCAUGAUAUCCUAAUGUUAAAUUGGUGUCCUGAUGUUUGCAUGAUAUCCUAAUGUUAAAUUGGUGUCCUGAUGUUUGCAUGAUGUCCUAAUGUUAAGUUGAUGGCAUGAUGUCCUAAUGUUAAGUUGAUGGCAUGAUGUACUAAUGAUACCAUUAUGUCCUGACAUUAUAAAUGCAUCUUUCUAUUCCACGUUACUUAAGUGUGUAAUGUUUAAUUUCCAACAAACGCUUGUGUGUUUAUCCAUAGGGCAAUGAUCAAAGUUGCUGUAGAUGAAGGAGCCAACUAUGUCGCACAUGGAGCCACAGGGAAAGGCAAUGACCAGAUACGAUUUGAACUCGGAGCCUACGCACUUCACCCAACUAUUGAGGUGGGUAUGACUAUGAAACACGAUCGGUCACAACACACCGGCCCAACGACAUGUUUACUUCAAGCUAUUACAGAAAUGAUAAUGACUUACUUAUUUUAAAAUCUUUUAUCUAAAAACCUGGCAUAGAUGAUGCUCAACUUUUAAUUGUUUAUAUUUAGAGCCAUGGAAUUCAUAGCAAUAAAUGUCAAAGUUGAUAUGGUUAUCAAGGAGUAAAAUUUAAAUUAGAAACUGUCUUAAUAAAAAAAAAAUCAAAAGAUAAACAUAACAAAGUUUGGUGGGUAUAAAUUUAUUCACUUUGGGUGGUAUUUUGAUGUGAAAAAUGUAUUCAUUUUAUUGCUGAGAAAUUUCAAAAUAAAUUCUUAAAUUAUUUAAAUGGCAUAGUUGUUGUUUUUUAUUUUUCUUCAUGUGUGGGAGGAAUUCUUUUGACAUACUUAAGCUGUGGAUGGCCUAUAUAUUUUAGUGACAUUUGAUUCAUGACUCUCAUAAGGUGGCCAUAACUAACUCUAUCAAACCGUAAUCUGCCCUGUGAUAUGUUUUGUUUGUAAACAUAACCUUAAUCUUAAUGAUUUCCAGGAUUUUAAGAUUGCCCCCAUUGUAUGAAAAUUCGAAAAUAUAACAUCCAUUUUUCCUGAAGGUUAUCUCACCCUGGAGACUGCCAGAGUUCUACAAGCGAUUUAAAGGGCGCACUGACCUCUUCAAGUAUGCUGAGGUAAGCAUAAUUUUGCAACGGUUCCAGUACCUUUAAUUGAUAUGAUCAACUAUAACAUUUUGUUGACAUGGGCUUGGUGUUUGUACAAACCUACCUUACACACAAUCUUCAAAUCUAACAUUGGGCUCACAGUUUCUUCUAUGUGGCAAUUUACUACAUUAAAUGGACUGACCCAUUCUAAAAUUAGUCAAGUGUAAAAAUCUUUCCAUCUCACACUCAUAUGAAUGUGACUAUUCAUUUUAAAAUUUAUUUUGAUUUUCUUUUUUUUCUCUGAAAUGCUCAUACCAUGUGAUCUGGUCUUAGUUUAAAGAAAAGCUUGUUCAUGAAAUAUAAAGUUUUUCUUUCCAUGUAUUUGUUACUUUGCACAUUGUACAUGGAUUUUUACUUGUUACUCAGUACUCUUCCUUGUUACUUGGCACUUGAUACUUAAUACUGUUAACAUUGUGCUGGCAUUCCGCAAACCAUUGCAUUGUGAACUUGCCGAAGAUAAGAAGAGAGUGUUUGUUCCAUUAUAUUCCAGGAACACGGCAUACCCCUACCGGUGACACUGAAAAGUCCCUGGAGCAUGGACGCCAACAUUAUGCAUAUUAGGUGAGAAAAUUAAAUUUUUAAAAUUCAGAUCUUCCUUUGUGUCAUUUUCUUGUUCUAUCACUUUGACUUCCUUAUAGCUUUGAUUUUUCUAUCACUUUGACUUCUAUAUAGCUUUGAUUUUUCUAUCACUUUGACUUCUAUAUAGCUUUGAUUUUUCUAUCACUUUGAAUUUUAUAUCACUUUGGCAUUUAUAUCACUAAAUAAUUUCAAAUUGUGUUUGAUGGAUUAUUGUCAGGCAAAAAUAUAUUCAAAUCAAGCUAUUAACAAUUCAAAGGAUUUAAAAUGUACCUGGUGGCUUUCAAUCUUGACAAAAUGUGCUUAACAUGAAAGUAGAUUCUACAAACACAUUGGCAAUUUGUCCAUUCCAACAACACAUUGACAGAGUUUGUCCAUUCCAACAACACAUUGACAGAGUUUGUCCAUUCCAACAACACAUUGACAGAGUUUGUCCACUCUAACAACACAUGUGACAGAUUUUCCAUUCUUACAACACAUGUGACAGAUUGUCCAUUCUAACAACACAUUGAUAAAGUUUGUACAUUCCCAGAACAUCAUGUAUUCUGUAUUUUUUUUAUCAAACAUGAAAAAUGGACUCAUUUAUCCAGGAUCACAGUAUAGAACUUACAUGGUUCCAUCCAGAAAAAUCUUCUUUUUUUGUGCGUCUCAUUUCUACCUGUUGAAAGUUUUUUGAGGAGUCUAUUAUGACUGUAUCCAUGUGAGUUUAACAGAGGACGAGUUUUCAUUGUAUUUACUAUUGGUCUAUUUCCAUAUUCAUGAUGGCAGCUAUGAGUCUGGUGUUCUGGAGGACCCCAAUCAUCAGGCCCCUGAGGGACUCUAUCAGAUGACCACCGACCCAGAGAAAGCACCAGACAAGCCGGACAUAAUUGAAAUUGAGUUUAAACAAGGUUUGAAGAAAAAUAUUUUUUAAAUAACUUUUACAUGAAGUUUCACAUCACAAAUUGGCCCUAGAGUUGUCAGAAGUUAUGUAAUUGAGGAUUUCUGCUCAUCUGCAAUAUUUUCUCCUUUUAUUAAAGAUCCAUCCAAUCAGCUUCUGUUAAGUAGUCAAUAUUUUAAAAUUCAUAAUAAAUUGUUUCUAUAUCUCAACACCAGCCUAAACAUUUAUUCCAAUACUUUCAACUCACCUACAACAACACCAGUCUAAACAUUUAUUCCAAUACGUUCAAUUCACAUACAACAUUAAUUUCCUUUCCACUUUUCUUUACUUUGUUUCUGCCUGUUUUUUUUGCCCACUCCUAUUUUUUCUCCUUUUUUUUAGGUAGGAUCUGUAUAUAUAUAUUAUGUAAAUUUAAUUUAUUUGUCUUUUUGUUGUACUGAUGAAGGCAUGUGCCGAAAUGUAUACGUGUGUAUUCUGUAAAAUUAUUAUUAAAGCUUACCUUAUAUUGUUAUAUUGACACAAAUUGUUGGUGUCUAUUUAAUCGAUUUUAAAGCUUUAUUGCAGUCCAACACUUUUUACAACAUUAAUUAAAUUUUAUGGAGUGGUUUUAAAAAAAAGUUUAAUUUUUUUUUUUUUUUAAAUGCACCAAAAAGUCCAUAGCAUUCUGCCUCAUGAUGCAAUAAGCAUUUAUGACUUUGAGGAUAUGCUCUAGAUUUAUCCACAUAAUUAAUUUCUAAAAUACCCAUAUCAGAAACUCUUUAUAAGAUAAGAUUCUUUUAUUGAUACAAAUAAUUGGAAAGGUUUUUUUUUUUAUUACAUUGUACAUAUUGAUUUUCAGCACAUAAAUAAUUACAUAUUUUAACCAAAGAACAUUUUACAAUUAGAACAAUUUAAACACAAGAAAUGUAUAGUAUUUCCCUAGACUAAAAAUCAGCCAUCAUAUACCCCAAAAAAAUGUAUACAUUUUUGGAGGAAUGGGAUAGAAAGCCGAAAAUCGCUUGACCUAGAUAUUCACAGUGCCAGGUUGAAGGUUCCAAAGCAUUAACCAUUGGCAAGGCUGUUUAGGAUUGUUUUUUGUUUUCAAGUCUGACAAAGAAAUAAGACAUACAAAUUUAGUUGUCUAGAGAAAUGGUUUGUUCUUUUGGAUGUGUUUCUCAAUUGACAUCUGAGAACAAUUGUCUGUGAGUUAUUCAAAGCAUUGUUCAACUUCUCAGCACAGCUAAUCAAUUCUCUGGUCUAAUUACUGUGAAGUAGUCAUUGUUAAGAAGAAAAACCCAUAUUGUUGCCUGUAGAUUUCAUAGUUUCCAAACAUCACUCUGCCUCACUGAAAGUUGUACUUAAAACAUAACUUAAUAUCUAAGAAAAUGUCAGUCUAAUCUCUGCCUUGUCCAGUGGUUUUCAACAUUUUUCUAGACAUACCCACUAGUGCUUUAUACCCACUAGUGCUUUAUACCCACUAGUGCCUUAUACCCACUAGUGCCUUAUACCCACUAGUGCUUUAUACCCACUAGUGCUUUAGCUGUUUUUAGUAGCCCUUCAUACCAUAGCAGACAUUUUUUGAUGGGGGAAAAUAAAAUAUUCACUAAUGAAUUUUGAUUUGCUUUUCAAAAUAUGACUUAACUGAACAUUUAUCCAUCUGAUCAUAAUAUUAAUUUAUUUGGGAAUAUGAAAUGACAAACAUGCUAUAAGCCCAGAAAAAGUCCGAUCGCUUCUCUGCCUUUCGGCUAUGAUCGAGGUGUAGUGCCUGUUCUUAUCCUGACAAGUUACCAAACCCAUGGGAGGAAAGUGAUAUUUCUCCUUUUAUCUGGCCAGGGCAGGGGAUUUCGGUAGAACAAAUUAGAGAGCCGCAAGGCCUAGAGACCCGCAAGGGCAGACUUGAAGAGGGACCACCCCAUUAUUGCAGUGCUUGGGGGGGGGGGGGGGGGGGGGGCACCAUUCAUUAAAAAAAAAAUGAUAUUAAUAGACAAGACAAACCACUUCUCUCCCCAGGUGUGCCUGUGAGAGUGACGAAUACAGCUGAGACCAUAACAAAAACUCAGCCCUUAGAGAUCUUCCUCUACCUUAAUCUAGUUGGGUAAGAACAAGUCACUUCCCUUGACUUAACCUUUAUUUAUCUUUUUUUUUUCCCACUAGCGUCCUUCAAGACACUAAAAAGUUGUUUCCUGUAGUAAAAAUCUAAACUAGACUCUCCUCAUUGUUAUUGGUUUGUCUGUCCAUUAUGAAACUUGGACAUUGUACUGGGUGGAUGUCUGCUCAAGUUGUGAAAAUGUUUGUUUGGGUCGUGAGAAUGUUUUCGUUGUUUUUUGUUUUAUUUAUUUAUUUAUUUUUUUUGUUUGUGAGAAUGUUUAUUUUGGGUCAUGAAAUAUUUGUAUGGGUUGCGAGAAUGUUUGUUUGGGUCAUAAGAAUGUUUGUAUGGUUUGUGAGAAUGUUUGUUUGGGUUGUAUGUUUAUAGUGUGUGGUGAAGAAGACUUGUCGAUAUGUUGGUCAUGUGACAUUGUGUGUAGUAAUGAAAUCGUGUUUGUGUGUUCCAGAGGCAAACAUGGCAUUGGCCGGGUUGAUCUUGUGGAGAACCGUUUCAUUGGCAUGAAAUCUCGAGGUAGGUUCAAAUGCAAACCAAAAUAGUAGCAUAGAUAUUUUAAUACUGCCCCACUCCAAUCUGCUUCCCCAUUCAGAUCUACCACCACACUCUGUUCUACUGCCCCACUCUGUUCUACCGCCCCACUCUAUUCUACCGCCCCACUCCGAACUACUGCCCCACUCCGAACUACUGCCCCACUCAGAUCUACCGCCCCACUCAGAUCUACUGCCCCACUCAGAUCUACUGCCCAACUCCGCUGUGAACUUGAGAAAAUGUAACAAUAUUCAACUUCAGAUGUUAUUACUGAAAGGUUUUUGUCACAAUAAACAUCAUUUUUUAUCCCAAUUUCAUUUCCUCUUCUUCUUCUUUAUUUUGAGGGCCCACGAUCAAUGAAUUGAUCAUUCUGGCUCCUAUGUUUCAGAGGGGUUCGCGAUGUUACUGUGCAUGGGUUUCAAGGGGAUACUUCACUGGUUGCAAGGGCUACUCAGCAGUGGUGUCACGAACUGGGAGUCGCAAUACAGGAGGCAGUAGACACAAAUGUGUCGAGUGUAGGCGCCUCAACUGUUGCUUUUGGAAGCUUGUUCCAGUCCCCUAUUUCAUUUAUUUUUAUACAUAAAAUUUUUCACUUAUUUUUAAUAUUACUUUUUCCCGUUUUAUAAAUUUAAACAAAUUAUAUAAAUGUCUUUUUAAUAUGUACAGAAUUAUGCCCCUUCGCUUGGGCACAUGAGAGAGUUAUUGAAGUAGGUUAAGCAUGAGUGGGUUAAGAAAGUAUAUUUAAUUCAGAAAGAUUAUUCCUUUCUUACCAUUUAGGGCACUAAAAGAAAGUAAUAUUGAAUCAAAUGACCAGUGAAGAAUUUACAUGCAUCUUAAGACAACAAAACAUUAAAACAGCCAUAAUUGUAAUUAUCAUUUAGGUAUCUAUGAAACCCCAGGGGGCACUAUUCUCAUUGCUGCCCAUACAGACAUUGAAGUUUUCACCAUGGACAGAGUGAGUUGCUCAUAAUGGGAAUUAAAAAAAAAAUUAUUUUCAUUACAUUUCCUUACUAAUUCUAAUAUUUGACAAGUGUGUUUUAGCAUUGGCAGCUGAGACUGUUCUCAGGGGGGGACAACUUUCCAAAACACCUUCAUAGCAGGGCUGACCAUGAAUAAUCUCCUUGUAGUCAAAGUGUUUUAAAGCAGAGUUGGUUUAUUCUUUUUUAGUUUAACUCUCUUUAGUGAGCAACACAAACAUGUUUUUAUUCAGUGUUUUCAAUAUAAGCUUUUUUUUUUUUUCCUUGUGGAAAUUAAACCCCAAAAUAGCUGCACUAAAAUGUCUGGUGGAGUCCCAGCAUGUCCCUGAUAGUCCAUUGACAGCCAACAACUGGUCUGUAGAAGUUGUCCACUGAUUUUCUCUUUUAAGUUUCUUGGAUAAAAACAUACCUAAAAUUAUGUAUGCUCACAUGUACAAAUAAACUAAAGUCGUUCACCUGAUGCUUGUUGCAGGAGUUACGGAGGAUCAAAAGAACACUGGACAUUCAGUUUGGUGACCAGGUUUAUAAAGGUGAGAGGAGGUGGACAAGUAUUGCUUUAAGUCAGUGGUUCUCAACCUUCUUAAUGCCCCGGACCCUGUAAUACAGUUCCUCGUGUUGUGGCGACCCCCAGCCACAAAAUUAUUUUCGUUGCUGCUUCGUGACUGUAAAGCAUGUGUUUCAGAUGGUCUUAGGCGACCCCUGGGAAAGGGUAGUGCGACCCCCCUCCCCAGGGGUCGCGACCCACAGGUUGAGAACCGCUGCUUUAAGUGUAAAACUAGCAUUGACAUUACUACCUUUUACGUUUUCUUGAUGGGAUUGGUCAAUUUUUUUUGUCUAGGGAGUCUGAAAGUGUUUUAGAAUUAUCUGACUUGAAUGCUGUUAUGUUAAUGGAUUAUGUUGUCUCUAUCAAGUGGCUUCUUGACAGCCUGUUCUGUUUGUUUAUUCAGGUUUCUGGUUCAGCCCUGAGUGUGAGUUCACGAGGUCAUGUAUCGCCAAAAGCCAGGAGCAUGUUGAAGGGGUGGUGUCUCUGAAACUCUACAAAGGAGGUGUCUACAUUCUAGGCAGGAAGUCACCUUUGUCCUUAUAUAACGAGGAGCUGGUUAGGUGAGCGAAUAGAACAAUUUUUUUUUUUUUUAAAUUCUGUUUAAUUGAAAGCCCCAAUGUGUUUAAAGUAUAGAAUCACUGGGCUGAUGUCUAGAGCAUUGAAACCAAAACUUAUGUGAGAUGGGGGGUAUUGUAUAUAUACUGUUAUAUUUAACAAAAAAACUAAAGGUGUUGGAAGAAAUGUCCCCUUGCUAAUGCCUGUAAACCUUCCACCCACACAUUACUUACAUUGUUCGAGACUAUGCCUUCGUUGACUCUUAUUUCUACCAUUUGAUUUCAGUAUGAAUGUCCAAGGCAACUAUGAGCCGACUGAUGCUGGUGGUUUUAUCAAAGUCAAUGCUCUCAGGUUG